AUGAGUGUGAUCAUCCGCGGAGGCCCAAUAAAGCUGUUCCGGUCCGCGGCGGAGGCGGGCCCGCUGGACAUCGUGAAGCUGUACGGCUGCGACGGCCGCCUGCUUAACAUCUCGCCUGCGCUGAAGGACAACGCGCCCGACCGCCCCUACCGCCUCGAGGUCGUCGCCGCGCACUGCAACGGUAUGCUGCUGGACGAGGUGGGGAUCGACAUCCGGGGUCUGGAGGAAAGGGUGGCCCGACUGGAGCGGCAGAUCCGGAUGGACUUUGAGGAGCUGCCGCCAUCCGUGAGGGACCUCAAGGAGCAGGUGGACGCGUUCAGGAUCAAGCUGGAGACGACGGAGCAUCUCAGCUGGAUGGGCUUCUACAAGGAGCUGCCUCCGCCGCUCUCCACCGAGGCCUGCCGCCGGCUGCAGUACCGCAGAAAGAGCGACUCCGUCAGGCGGCGAGUCCGGGAGAAGUUCUACAAGAUCUGCGACGCGUCGGUGUCGGCGGAGGUGCGGGCGCGGCUGCGGCAGCCCACGUUCGACGGCUGCCAGUGGGAGGACGAGGAGGUGCUGCUGCUGCUGCAGCUCAUGUACACAGACCUCGAGCUGCACACCCGCUUCGCCAUCGAGCUGCCCGUGCUGCGCCGCUUCCUCUACGAGGUCUACAACAACUACAACGAGGUGCCCUUCCACAACUUCCGGCACUCCUUCUGCGUCGCGCAGAUGAUGUACGCCAUGAUGUGGGCAGUGGACCUCCCUGCCAAGUUGGGCGACCUGGAGACUCUGGUGCUGCUGACGUCAUGCAUCUGUCACGACCUUGACCACCCAGGCUACAACAACAUCUACCAGAUCAACGCCAAGACGGAGCUGGCGCUGCGCUACAACGACAUCUCGCCGCUGGAGAACCACCACUGCUCGGUGGCGUUCCGGAUCCUGGAGCGCCCCGACUGCAACAUCCUCAGGUCGCUGGACGCGGAGGCCUACCGGAGGGCCCGCGAGGGCAUCAUCCGCUGCAUCCUGGCCACCGACAUGGCGCGCCACAAUGAGAUCCUCGACCAGUUCCGCGAGAUCACGCCGCGCUUCGACUUCAAGGACCGGGCUCACGUCAACCUGCUGUGCAUGGUGCUGAUCAAGGUGGCGGACAUAUCCAACGAGGCACGGCCCAUGGAGGUCGCCGAGCCGUGGCUGGAUCGACUGCUCCAGGAGUUCUUCAAGCAGAGUGAUGCAGAGAAGCUGGAGGGCCUGCCAGUGACGCCCUUCAUGGACCGAGACAAGAUCACCAAGCCAUCCUCGCAGUGCAGCUUCAUCGGCUUCGUGUUGCUGCCGCUGUUCGAGGCCCUGGGCGAUCUCUUCCCUGCCCUCAACCCGCUGCUGGUGCAGCCGGUACGCGACGCGCUCGACCACUACCGGCGGCUGAACGAGGCGGCCAAGGACGAGCAGCGCGCGCACCGCAAGAGCGUCAGCGUCGCCGUGGACGCCGGGGGCGGCGCGCAGCACCCGGCCGACGCCGCCCCCGAGGCGCCGGCUGGCGGCCUCCCCAAGUCCACCUCCGGCCAGUCGGUGCGCUCCAGGAGGGCGUUCGGCUCCAUGUCGCGGUCGCGGUCGACAGAUGAAGAGGCUCCACCAGCAGCAGAGGCGGCCGUGGACGGCUCAGCGCCAGCAGGGCCGGACAGCCAGGCCCCAGCCGACGCCAUGCCGGACGUCGCGGAGGAGGAGCCCGCAGUCGAGAACGACGUCGCGCGCUCCGACGAGGAGGAGGAGGUGGAGGACGACGAGGACGAAGAGGAGGAGGCUAUCACAGAGGUGGAGGUCAGCGAGAAGACACUGAAAUUCAAAAUCGCAACUUCUGAGGGCCCAGUGACGUCAACAACCGGCAGGAAGAGCAUCCCCGGCAGUCGCAAAGGCAGCCGCGAGGGCGAGUUUGGCAGUGUGGGGUACUAUGGGGGCCGCAAGCGCAGCGUGGUGUCGCCUGCCUCCAGUGGGGGCGGAGAGCUCUGCAAUGGGGGCGGCGCUCCAGGGAGUCACAGUGGCCGGUCCUCGCUAGACAGCCGCCGCCAGGGCCCGCUGCCACCGGACGAGGCCGAGGAGAACCCUCCGGCACCCGCAACCCAGACAGUCACCGACUACUCGGCUGCUGCUAGCACUCAAGGCACACCCUCUGACAGGGCGCAAGGGCACGCCAAGCCCUCCAUACUGGCCAGGUGA